UGGAGCGGCCCGUCAGCUGUUCUCAGCGCUACACAACAACAAAAGGACCAGGACGGGCCGGCGGCGGCCAGGGACAGAACAGAGCCGGCCCCACGCCCGCUGUCCCGAUACCCGGAGCGAGGCGCAGCCCGACCUGCCGCACCUACCUCAGGGGCCCCGCGCCGCGCCUGUUCCCGCCGCACCGGCGGCCGCUUCCUGGACGCGCAUCCCCGCCGAGGCUCGGCCCACGGAUAAUGACUGCUCUUGCUUCUCACCUAUGGUGAAUAACUACCCUGUGCACUUUAUUCUCCUGUCUUAUGCCAUCAGGCCAACUGACAGGGUUUUGAAAUCUCAGCUAUAAAGAUAUCCAGCCAAAGUCUCAGUCUUGCCUUAACAAUGUUCCAGAGACUGAAUAAAAUGUUUGCAGGUGAUGUCAAUACUUCUUCCAACCAAGAGCCAGAAUUCAGUGAGAAAGAAGAUGAUGAGUGGAUUCUUGUUGACUUCAUAGACACUUGCACUGAUUUCUCAGCAGAGGAAGAGGAGGAAGAAGACAUAACUGAAACAUCCCCUACAGAAGAACACCCUUCAGUCUUCUCCUGUUUACCUGCAUCUCUGGAGUGCUUAGCUGAUACAAGUGAUUCCUGCUUCCUCCAGUUUGAGUCUUGUCCAAUGGAGGAGAGCUGGUUUAUCACCCCUCCCCCAUGUUUCACUGCAGGUGGAUUAACCACUAUCAAGGUGGAAACAAGUCCUAUGGAAAACCUUCUCAUUGAACAUCCCAGCAUGUCUGUCUAUGCUGUGCAUAACUCCUGCCCUGGUCUCAGUGAGGCCAGCUGUGGGACUGAUGAAUUUCAGAACACAAGUAGCCCCAGAGUGGAAACCCAAAGUGAAAUGGGGCAGCACCUUCACUGCUACGUUGCAGCUCUUGCUGCUCAUGCAACUUUUCUAGAACAACCCAAGAGUUUUCGCCCUUCCCAGUGGAUAAAAGAACAUAGUGAAAGACAGUCUCUGAACAGAAAUAGCCUUCGCCGCCAAAAUCUUACCAGGGAUUGCUACUCUCGGCAAGUCAAGCACAAUGGCUGGGUGGUUCAUCAGCCCUGCCCACGUCAGUACAAUUACUAAGAAUUUCAAGUUUUGCUAGUUGGUUUCACUUGGUUUGUGCAUAUAUAUGUGGAUGUGCAUGUAUGUACAAUGAAAAUGCUGUCUUUUUACAGACAAUUGAUGACCAAUCACAUAGUUUGUCAGUGUGUUAGACACUAUCUUAAAAACCAGUUUCUAUGCUGUGUAUCACAUAAUGCCUUGUUCCUAAUACUUACUUUUUCUGUAGAUUUUUUGCAGAAUAUUUUUGGAAACAUAUCAGUACAGUUGCAGUGUUUGGGGAUGUCUUUAUUAAUAUGUACAUGAGUUAGAAUCUUAAAGACAUAUCUUCCCCCAAGUACAAGACUAGGCAUCUUUCAAUUUCACUUUAUUUUGUAUUACUUAAUCAAUCUUUUGAGUAAGCAAAACUUUAUUCUCAGGGUCAGCCAUACACUUUAUUGACCAGUACUUGAUAAUCUUUUCUGUAUAUAAGGAGUACAUUUUUACACACUAACAUGAGCAUUAACAGGUGAUAGUUCCCAUUGGAUAUAAUGGAAUUAUGGCUGGACUUGCCUUUGAAAGAAAACUUGAUAUAUUUUUGUAUGUAUGAUUUUUUUUGGAUUAGUUAUACAGUUCAUUGUGUAAUUCAGGUACAUUACACUUGGUGAAUAGUGCAUUCAGUAAUUUUGAUGUGACUCCAUGAUGUGGUACUACAGGUAUAUGGGCAAAAGCACUUGUCUCAUGCCAAGGGAAGAAACUAGACCUGUGAAAUUACAUUGGGAAAAAUCUAUGUCUGUAAGUAACUCAUUAGUCCAAUAGUUGUUUGAAUUCUUUCCUGUCAGCUCUACCUACUCCAUCUCAUAUCACCAUCACCUGUAAAUUGAGAAGAAUUUGUCCAGGCGCUUUUGAGUGUCUUAAUAUUUGUCUGCCUAUGAGAAAAGAGAUAAAUACAGUGAAAAAUAGUCUUGCCAGGGGGACAAGCAAGGGUGAGGGGAGGAUUUCUGGUUAUAUCUAUUCAUUGCACCUAAGUGAAGUAACAGAUUGGUUUCCUUGAGUUUUCGUGUUGUUUUAACUUCAGGCAAACUCUUUAACCACUUUGGCCUCUGUUUGCUCCAGAACAGAGGUGUAAUUACAUUCAGCUCCCUCCCAGUUGUGAGGAUUGUAUACUGAAUGGAAGUGGCUAACCAGAACUGAACCUUGCACCAUCUUCCAAAGGCCUUUCUACUGAAUUGGGGGGAGGGGUCUGUGGCGGCUUUUUUGCCUCAAUUGUUCUUCAGUGUUGGUGCUAAUGAGGCCAGGGUGCAAGGUUCAACUCUCAUGUAGGCCAGUUAAGUAGACACAGAGGGAAAUCUAUGCUCUUACCUCUUUAGCCAGUCCCUUCAUUUUUAGCAGUUGUGAUGGGUUGGCUGAGCCAUCCACACUCAACAUCCUUGAAAAGUAACCACAUUUACAGUUCAAAGUACAUUCUACUGACAGAACAGUAGCAUUGCCUGCAUAAUCAUACAGUUUAUGUUCUCUUGUUCUCUGUAGCCCUAACUCAAUGAGCACAUAUCUAUGAAAAAUGUAUUCAUGAAAAAAAGUAGCAGGUAGUUGUGUAAAGUAUUAUAUUUUCAGUAUCUGCAGCAGAUUGAUACAGGGAGCCCUGGCAGAUUUUCAGGAAAGAGUUGUGCUUUUUUUCUGACUAGACCAGGGCAUUUAGAGUUGGAAGAGGUCAAGUAUAUACUUAGAUGGUGGUUUAAAUUGUUCUCCCCCUGGCUGUAAUGAAGUGCCAGGAUGUCCCUUUAGAACAAGUAUCUAGAUCCCUUUUUUUUCCUUAUCCCCAGACAGUCUUUCCUUUUUAUUUAUUUGUUUUCUUAUUAGGGGCCAACUCUGUAAAGUUUUGUCAAAGAAGUUAUUUGUUAUUAUUUGUGUUUACCAGAGUUGGGAGAUAAGGUAGUUUUCGUGAAGGUGUGUAUGUUUUACACCAUGCCUGUUCUAAGGCCAUAUGUUGGUAACUUGACAAUAGACCAGUGAAAAGUGGUUUAGAUUAAGCCUCUGAUUACAUGGGGCCUCUUUCUUACAUCACUUGCAAGUUGUUGGAACCUCACAAGUUAGAGGUUCAGCCAUGAGAAUUUGUUUGGCAGUGAACAGAUUUGUAUAUAAAGUCGAAAUGUUUUUAUGGUUUUUUACUACUAUGUUUCAGGUUUCUUGAUAGCUUAAACACAUUUACAUCUCGAUCAGUUAGUGAUUUGUUUGCAAUACCUAAGCCUAGCUUUUUUAUGCUGUUUCUAGAAAACAAAAAAUUUCAAUCAUAGGGAUUUUUUUUCAGGAUUAAGAUUACCACACCACCUGUGACAACACACUGUGAUUUCUGUGUCAGUACUAAAGUUUCUGUUUAAAAUUGGCACAUAUAAGAAUUGAAGAAAAUAGUUACAUAAUUCAGUUUAAGUUUUGGGUCAUUAGGUGUUUGUUAGGUAUCUACUGUGUGUAAGACACAGUUCAAUAACAACAAAAAACAAUGCUGACCUGUUAACUAUUUCCUUAGAAUAUGACCAAAAUGCAUUUUGUUAGUUAACUAUUUUUUAUUGUUAUAAGUAUCAGUGGUUUACAAUGUGCUAUUUUAUAGUGCAUAUUACAUAAAAAUUCAACCAGUAAGAAAUAAGCCCCCUCUGAAAUUUAGUAGCUCUUGUUUUUUCCUAAACUGACAUAGAAUGUUAUGAGUUUUUGAGCUUUUGCAAUGCACCACAUUGCUCAAAGUUUUGGAUUUUUGUUAACAAACAUUAUAUAAUGUAUGUCCCAUGUUUAUUACUUUUUCUUCCUCAGCUAACUGUACUGUAAUCUGAAGUUUAGCCAUCCAUUAUUUAUCAGUUGUGGCAAUGCAUUUGUUUGGUUGGGGGAGGGGGUUACAAAAAGACCCAAAGUAAUUUGAUUUUUGACUUCCCAUGCAGGGAACAUUUUUUGAAACAUAAGUUUCCUGUGUACUUUUCCAGUUCCCAUACAAACUAUUCCUGUUUACAUACCCUUUCUGUUUCAGUUCUUCGAUGCUAGCCAGAAGAUAGUUUACUUAAAACUUGAGAGGGCCAUUCAGCAACACCUAUUGUUUUUGCUUCUGAAAUUUGUACAGUACACUGGUUUGUAAUCUUUGUGUUGAAAUCUGAAUUUCUUUACUAUUUUUCUUCCUCUUUAAGUAAAUAUAUUGCCUAUACUCCUAAGAAAAAAUUUUGUUUGAGCUGGAAACAAAACAAAAAAAAAAUGAAGGAUUCCAACUAGAAGACCAAUAUUUACAUUUAAUACAUUAGUAAGAAAAGGUUCCAAGCAUUAGUUUUGCUUCUGAAUUAGUUAAAAGACUGCUCCUUGUACUGGGAGAUACUAGUAUAUGUUCAUAAUAUUCCCCUGAAGUGAGCUUUUCUCUUGUAAGACCUAUAAGUAUGUCUAACUCUUAAAAGCUGGGCUUAUGGAUGGUUUCGCUGACAUCAGCCAUGCAAUGUAUUAUAAGUAGCAUUCUUAUCUACUUAUUAUAAUGCUUAAGUGUUUAUGUAAAUGCUUUACUUAAAGAAGUCUAUAUAAUAAAAUGGUAUUGGCCUUGUUAUGUACAUAUUUCACUUGAAAUUUGACACCAGUUUACUGGUUGAGGUGGAGGAAGGCAUCAGAAAGCAUGCAAAUAAGAGGAUCUUUUCUUUUUGCAACAACAUGCUUUAUGUGGGAGAAGUUACUAUUCUGAAGAAGGCAGCUUAAGUGGAUAAUGUUCUGUGUAUCAUUUGAGAAUUUUUCUUGUGACAUUUAAAAAUGUUUGUAAUUGUUGCCCAGUUUUGCCUGAAGUUAUAGUAUUUGUUUUGUAGGUGGACUUGUGUAAAAACCAAACCAGUAUUUGGGGUGGUUACAUGUGUGUAUUUUCAGGCCUCAGUGUGUAAGUGGUUUUGUUUCCUUUUUGGAUGUGUUUUCUUCCAGAGGUUUGAACUUCAAUCAAUAAUUGUGUGUGUUAUUUUGUAAGAAGUGGCUUUAUUUUCUCCUUAAGUAAAAUUGUGAACACAUUUGCUUUUCAAGGGCAAGGUAUGUGUUAUGGAGACGGAAGAGUAUUGUAGAUGUACUAUGUGCCUUCUUAGUGUGUUUCUGGACACAAUUUUUUUUCAUCAACUUGAAAACUCAAAAGGGACAUUUGGUUAGGGUCUCUACUGUACAUCAAUCUAUGCAUAAAUGGCAGCUUGUUUUCUUGAGCCACUGUCUAAUUUUUUCUGUUUUUAGAAAAAAAUUUUAUACUGAUUGGUUUAGAUAGUUUUAUACAGAGUGAACAAUACAGCACUUUGCCAAAAAUAAGUGUAGCAUUGCUUAAGCAUUGUGUAUCAACACCAGUUCCUUGUUAUGGGGUCAGUGCAUCUGCACUGCCUGGAGUUACAGUUUUUAAUCCUGUCAGUAAAUAAAAUGUCCUUUAACUUCA